AUUGGAGGAAACCCCGUCGAUCGGUUAGAGCUUUGAGCCCUUUGGAGGAGAGCGGACUCUCCCAGCGGCAGUCAGUGUGUGUGUGAGAGAUCGCGAGACGCGCACUCCCCCCCUGUAUCGGGCAACCGUCAGUCUCGCUCCGUACUCCUGCUCCGACACAGAAGAUUCAAUCAUGGAUAAACUCGAGCUGGUGCAGAAGGCUAAACUGUCAGAGCAAGCAGAGAGAUACGAUGAUAUGGCAGCUUGCAUGAAGAGAGUGACGGAGGAAGGCGGUGAACUGUCCAACGAGGAAAGAAACCUUCUCUCAGUGGCCUACAAAAAUGUAGUAGGUGCACGCCGGUCGUCCUGGAGGGUUGUCUCUAGUAUUGAGCAAAAGACAGAAGGAAGUGACAAAAAACAGCAAAUGGCCCGAGAAUACAGGGAAAAGAUUGAGAAAGAGCUUAAAGACAUCUGUACCGAUGUUCUGAGUCUCCUGGACAAUUACCUAAUCCCCAAAGCCUCGCAAGCGGAGAGUAAAGUCUUCUAUUUGAAAAUGAAAGGAGACUACUAUCGUUACCUGGCUGAAGUUGCUUCUGAAGAAAAGCAAUCGAUUGUGGAACAGUCUCAGCAAGCAUAUCAAGAUGCUUUUGAUAUCAGCAAAUUGGAAAUGCAACCAACGCAUCCCAUCCGGCUUGGUCUGGCUUUGAACUUCUCUGUUUUCUACUAUGAGAUCCUCAACUGCCCGGACAGAGCAUGUUCUCUCGCAAAGACUGCUUUUGAUGAAGCUAUUGCUGAACUUGACACUUUGAGUGAAGAAUCCUACAAAGACAGCACUUUAAUAAUGCAGUUACUGAGGGACAACUUAACAUUGUGGACGUCAGACACUCAAGGUGACGACGCUGAGCAAGGAGAAGGAGGAGAGAAUUAAUCCACUUCAAUUUUGUCUGCCUCAUUCUAUAAAUCUACACAAUAGACCAUUCGUCAUCUAUACUGUCCCACAAAUAGAUUUUUUUUUUUUAAUAACCAUUAUGGAAGGUUUGUUACUUCUAUCUGGAUUUCUAUAUUUCCCAUGUGGUUUUGUGUUUAAUAAUGAAAAUAGGGCCAGUUAAAAUAUUAGGGUGUUAAAUGUUUUGGGGGGUUUUUUCUCAUCCAAAGUGGCCAAUCCAGGGAUGUGGAAUUUUUAUACAUGUUUUAAAUGUCUGGCAUAGUACUCCUGGUAUGUUGUGGGUUAUCACAAGGCUAGAGCUAAUACUACAAACCCCCCCAUUUCUAUGUAACAUGGCCUCCUUGUAUAUUGAUCAUUGUAUUGUACAAUAUUUGAUAUUUAGAGAUGGCCACAGAUUUUGAAAUUUCCUAAGCACAUUAUUGGAGGGGGGACAUGCCAUAUGUUAUACCAACACAUCUGUAUGCUCCUUUAAUCCUAUGCCUGUGUUUUCACCAAAUGUUAUCUAGGGCAAACUAAAAUCCAGCCAAAAUCCUUGGGAGAGAAGCGGUUCAUGUUCCUUUUUUUCCUAUUUGGUUUUGGAUAUGUUGCUGAUAUCAGUUUUAUCUGUAUUUAAACAACCUAAGAUCAAGUACUUGAUGCAUUAAGGACGUUUAUGCUUGGUAUUCAUAAUUUCACUAUAUAUAUAUAUAUAUAUAUAUAUCAAGCACAGCAGAACAUUUAACUUUUAAGUUGUAUUUUUGUUUUUGAUACUGGCCUAACAUGCAUGUGGCUGUACAAAUAAAUAAAUAAUAAUGAUAAAAAAGUUACCAGGGGGAUAACUUGAUGACGGCUAGCUUUGUCUAAUGUCUUAUAAAAUUUUCAUGAACAAUUCAAGCAUAAUUGUUGAAGAACAUGUGUAAGUUGAUGUAAGUGGAAUAAAAGUUUUAUGAAUGGACUUUUCAA